AUGAUUACCACGACUGAAGUGAUUCUACUCAUUAUUUUAAUCUGUGAAUCACUACAACAACCUCCAGAUUCUCCAGUUUCAAUAAUUGCUCAAACGUUAGGAAGAGAGGAAGCUGGCAAUGCCACUGAAACUGUAGUGCCUAGUGGAACUGCGGAAAAAUAUCACAAUGCAACAGAUCCGUCAUUUCUGUACAUUGUCCAACUUGAACUAAAAUCGAGCCGAGUCGAGGAACCAUACGCAGAAUUCGAAAAGCGGCUGGAUAAACUGGUAGAAAUGGCAUUCGCUCUGGCGGCUUACAAGCAUCGAAAACAAACGCCACCCGCUGAGAUUACCACUUCCAAUUCGGGCUAUAAAACAAAGAUUAUCCGGAUAAGAACAUCAGGAGAUCUGACAUAUAUCCAUUUCGUCACCUAUGCAGCCAACGAGCCAAUUCUUGGAGAGAUAGUCGCUGAUGAUAUGACACUUCUCACAAUGUCUCAAAUGUCGGCGACAUUACGUUAUCCGUUGAGCAAGAUCAUUUCUGAUCGAGACAUUGAGAAUCAAAGUACCACGAAGUUAUGGUUUUUGAUCGGGAUUUUAGGCACAGGAAUUAUUUUAAUUGUCAUUGGAUGGCUCUGUCUGUUUUUCUUUUUUAACGUUUGUGGUUUUGUGUAUGGAUCAAAAGCCGCAGCAUAUAUGGCUAGAGAUGAUGAGGUCAAAAAGACAAAUGUUCUCAAACUUCCGAGCCCAACAGUUUCAAGGACAAAGCUAGCCGCUGAGAAACCAGUCCACACACUCCCAUUUGAUGGUUCAAAUACCGUGAUGACACUCGAGAAGCCAGUACUGAAUAAAAAAGACGAACCCGGAUGGACUCCUGCUCAACUUAAACUUUUGAAAGAAAUGAACGCGGAACAUAAGAAAAUCACAAAAGCUCCUUACCUACCUCACCCAGAAAAGGAGAGAAACAAAGCACGAUGGGAGGCUGAACAAAAACAAAAAUCGGAACUAUCCGUGGAAAAUGGGGUUUCUGAUACUGAUGUCAAACUCGGUGGCCCUUCAAAAAGUGAAAAAAGAAGGCGACACUCUACCAAGGUUGGACCCAUUACGACUACAACCGCAAAUGAGAAAGAAGCGUCGGAAAUUAGCAGAGUGGGCAGUGUGUCGCCAACAACAUCAACUCAGUACAUGGACGAAUUUGAUGUUUCUAAUCUUCCAGAAACGACAUUGAAGAUUGUCAAGAUUCCCAUGGCAACUUUAACUGAACUCAAAAUUAUUCCCACCUUUUACUUGUUACUUUAUCUUGAACAAUUUCGGAAAAGGAAGAAAAACAACGAGCACGACUCGGACGUGACAAGUGAACCUGAAUCAGAUUAUGGUAGCAGUCUGGAUGGCGAGAAAUCAAAAGAUGAUGAGGACGUGGAGCAAGGAAUUCACGAAGAGCACAGAGCGAGACCAAUGACUGCUAAAAAGCAUCGGACUUCUUUGUUUGGAGGGAGCGGAAUGGAUGCACUUCCAGCUCAACCUAGAGCGUGGACCGUUUACUACGCAGGAGACCGAGUUGCUGAGUUCUGGAACAAUCAAAGAAUAAACAGUCAUCCAACGCCUGGAACUCCAACCGAAGACGGGAUAAUUCAAAUGAUGUGUAAAAACAAUUUUCGAUACGAAUGA